AGUAGUAAAAAUGAUUAGGUUUAUUCAGUUAAUGUGCCUGGUGAGUUGGGCGAUGGGUGCAAUGGAGAAAACGUCGAUUAUAAUGAAGAGAUCUCAUUCAAACGAUCAAUCGAUGAGUGGUUCGGGUUAUUCUUAUAGUGGAGAAGAUGGAAAACCUGCGGAGGAAUAUUCGUUUGAACUGGUGGAUGGAGAUCAUGGAAGAGCCUUAAGGAUUUUAAAGGAUUUGGGAUAUGAUCCUUUCAAGCAGUCUUAUCGGUAUGCUGAAGAACAUUCUCCACUACCUUACGAAGACUACCACAAGGAGUACGAUUCUUUUGCAUCAGAAGAACAACCAGUUUUCUUUGACAUUAACGAAAAAAGCCACCAAGUACCAAACUCCAAAGUGAUUUUCCACCAAGUACCUUCUUACAACCCAGAAAUUCCUCAUAUUGAUUCUUAUAGCAAACUAGGCAUCUAUCCAAACUCCCACAAGUACCCUUACGCCCCUGGCUAUCAUCAUAACUCAAACUUCUUAAGAAAAGGAGGCAAAUACUAUGACGACUUCGCUUCAAAGAAGUUCGGUGACCAAUUGGACAAAGGCUACAACACCUACGACUCCUUUAGUAAAGGCCUUAAGGGCAAAUACGAUAAUAAAGACUCAAAAUCUUACUAUGACCAAUCAGGAGGCAACAACCGUGCAUUCUUCGAUAAAGCUGGUAACUAUGCUCAUAAGCAUGCUGCAGGAAGUGCUUAUGCUGGGGGCUCAUACGGUGCCAAAGAUCAUCACGACAAAGGACAAAAGACCACCGGAUUUCACAAAGUUUAUCACAAAGAUGACUAUAACAAACAGCACAAGUUCUAUGAUAAAGCUGACCAGAACGGACACUUUAACAAAUAUGGAGACUAUGAAGCCAAACAUGCAGAUUCCGAAGGGCAUUAUGCAAAAGGAGGACAUAGUGAUAAGGGAUAUGAUAGUGAUAAGUAUGCUAACAGUGAUUUUAGUGAUAAGGGACAUUUUGAUGAAAUUGCUAAAGGUUUUACGAAAGCCAAGGGAGAUGAAGGGUUUUAUAAGGAGUAUGAGGGCUUUGGCAAGAAGGAGGGUAGUGAAAAAAAGAAGAUAGAAGGGUUCAGUUUUUAGGUUAAUUAAAAGAAUUUAGGUGAUUUUAAAUGUUUAAUUGUUAUUUUUUUAUUAAAUUAUGUUUAAAUAA